AUCGGCAGCCCUGCCGCCCGCGGCAUCAGCGGCGGCCAGGCCAAGAGAACCAACAUCGCCAUUGCGCUCAUCACCAAUCCGCGAGUGCUGUUCCUGGAUGAACCAACUACGGGACUGGACUCGUACACAGCCAACGAGGUGAUGUUGGCUGUCCAGUCUCUUGCUCGCGGCGGGGUGACGGUGGUGGCCACCGUGCACAGCCCCACAGCCUUCUGCUUCUCACUCUUCGACAGGCUUCUGAUGCUGGUGGGCGGUCGUACAGUAUACUUCGGUCCGCAGGAUCAUCGAGCCAUUCAGUAUUUCCAGUCG